AUGACAACCGCAUCGUCAAACAUUGUCUUUGAUGACAUCUUCACGAUUAAAAGUAUUGAUCCCGAGGGCAAGAAAUUCGACCGAGUGUCACGACUACACGCGCACUCCAAAAAUUACGAUAUGGACUUGACACUAGACUAUAAUAUCGAGCUUUUCCCUCUUGAGAAUGGUCAGACAUUGGCUCUGGCAUUGGCGAGUUCCCUCGCCCGAGGUGGCCCCGCUGUCGGGGGUACAGGGGGAGCGGAUAAUGCGGCAGAAGAGGAAGACAAGGACAGGAAUGUCUGGCGACCAGAUGGCAAAGGUCGGAGAGGACUUGAAGAAGACUAUGACUAUGUCAUGUACGGCAAGGUGUAUCGGUUCGAUUCUGGCACGGCUGAGAUCGUGACUGCAUAUGCGUCUUUUGGGGGGCUGCUUAUGUCCUUGACAGGAUCAUUCCGCCAUAUGACGAGCAUAGUUCUUGGAGAUCCUGUAUACAUAUUGCUACGCAAGUGA